AUCAUCCAGCAACCAACCAACCACUACUACCACUGGCUACACUAUGCCGUUAUCCUCUCUCUCCCUCCUCCCCCUCCACCGCGCUCCGCUCCCGCCAACUUCAAAUUACCCGCCACCGCCGCCUCCCUCUCGCGCCCUCCUCCUCCCCCUCCUCCGCCACUCGCCGCUCGCGCGCCGCUCGCCCGUCUCCCGGGCGCGUGCCGUAGCAGCCGACGGCAUGGCCGCGGCGACCGCGGCGGCGGAGACGCCGCCCACGCUGCUCGAGUACAUGGGCCAGGCUGGCGCGGCCGACGACCUCGUCGUCCUCGUGGCGCACGUCCAGAGCGCGUGCAAGCGCAUCGCCGCGCUCGUGGCGUCGCCCGGGAACGCCGAGCUGUCGCGGGGGAAGGCGGGGGGUGGUGUGGCGGUGGCGGCCGGGCGGGACGCGCCCAAGCCGCUCGACGAAUUGUCGAAUGAGAUCAUCUUGUCAUCACUCCGAAGAUCUGGAAAGGUUGCAGUGAUGGCUUCUGAAGAAAAUCAUCUCCCCAUUUGGGUUUCCAACGACAGCCCGUAUGUUGUUGUUACGGAUCCGCUUGAUGGUUCUCGCAACAUUGAGGUAUCCAUUCCCACCGGAACAAUAUUUGGGAUAUACAAUAGGCUGGCAGAGCUUGACCAUCUACCUGAAGAGGAGAGAGCUCAGCUCAAUUCACUGCAAAGCGGCACUCACCUUGUCGCUUCGGGGUAUGUGCUGUAUUCAUCUGCCACCAUAUUCUGUAUCAGCUUCGGUGCAGGUACCCAUGGCUUCACCUUGGAUCACUUGACUGGAGAAUUUGUUCUAACACAUCCUUCCAUCCAAAUACCCCCAAGAGGACAGAUAUAUUCGGUGAAUGAUGCGCGGUAUUUCGACUGGCCUGAGGGCCUAAGGAAGUACAUUGACACGAUCAGACAAGGCAAGGGACAGCAUCCGAAGAAGUACUCGGCACGGUACGUGUGCUCGCUGGUUGCUGAUUUCCACCGGACGCUGAUAUACGGUGGAGUUGCCAUGAACCCCAGGGAUCACCUUCGGUUGGUCUAUGAAGCAAAUCCUCUGAGUUUCCUUGCUGAGCAGGCAGGGGGCAGGGGUUCAGAUGGCAAGAGCAGAAUCCUCUCGAUUCAGCCUGUGAAGCUGCACCAGAGGCUGCCAUUGUUCCUGGGAGGCAUGGAGGACAUGCUUGAGUUGGAAAGCUAUGGAGAUGUGCAACAGAAGGUUAAUCCUGGAUAUGAGGUGUGAAGAUAUAUAACCUUAGAUAAUGAGGUCUGAAGAUAAUGUAGCAUGCGAAAAGAGAACAGGGGGACCUACUGGAGAACUCUGUAUUUGCAAAACCGAUGUUUUUACCUGUCAGGUUUUCUGUUUUUGUCUCCGCGACUAUGCGGUUUCACUGUGUAAUAUAGCAGAAAAAUUAGGCUGCAUUUCUCCCGGUACGAAAUGGAAGGGACAACACAAAUUUAUAUGUAAUGCAUCCUUUGGCUACAUGGACACUUUUAUCUGCAACGUGUUCUGAAAUUUCUUUUGUC